UUUCGGUUGUCAGUCGAUCAGUCAGACUCGAGUCUGUCAUAAAGCAGUCGGUCCUGCUCCUUCGACAUAAUGUUCGCCGAGGAGUCAGAUUCAGAGGACGAGGAUGCGCGCAUCGAGCAAUACAAAUCCUUUGCUCGGUCCCUCCUCCAUCCCUCGUCACCAUGGGACUUAUGCAAAGCUGUAGACGACGCUCUUGAUCGAGACUUCAUCGAGGGUGUCGUCUUCAACAACCUCGAUUCCGCGGAUAUCAACAUCUGUACCAAGACGGUGAUCGAUUCUUCCACUCAAGGGUUCUCAGCGAAGGUCCAGAUCAGUGAAGCGGUCACCGUUCUACAACUUGUACAGGAUGUAUUUGCAGGGGAUCAAGAACUAGCUGAGUACUUUGAAGAAUCAAAGAUGUUUUGCACUUGCGAAGUGUUCAACAAGCAGUGGUCAGAGUUGGAUCUUGAUAUCGAGGAAAUAGAAUGGGACAGUGAUCCUAAACGGGUCUGGAGAGACGUCGAAGCGGUAGUAGUGUCGAUCGAAGCGGUUCCUAACGUAGGACCGUACUUUACACCGGAACUACAACAGGCUGUACGUAAACUGGCCGCCUCCUUGCCGCCCAACAUCCCUGUCAUGUACACCGGCGCCACUUCGCCCCUGAACCCUCCGGAAUCCUCCUCCUCAUUCCAGCCGGCAGUGUGCACCAAUGCUCGAGGUUCUGGCAGUGAUCCCGUCGCCUUCGAAGUUUGCCAUGAGUCGUCAGACCCCGGUGCCACAAUCACGCUGCGAUUGGAGACAACAGCCAACAUCGAACAGCAACUGAAUUUGCGCAUGGCAGCACAUGCUUCGCAGUCAGAUUGCAAAUUGAAAUCCAUGCGAUAUGGAGCACGACUGCUUGGACAUAACUACUCGGUGGAUCAAUGGCAAUGGGACAAAGGAAUCGCUGCAGCAGUUCACCUCCAGCUCACAUCAACAAGACCUGCUUGGUUUAGCGAGGGAAACACGGAUCAAAUUCAAAUAGAAGUCAGGGCUGAUAGUCACGACAAGAAGGUGUUGGACUGCAUUCCCGCAGGCGGAACGAACGCACGUACAGACUGGGCGUCCCUCGACAUCGGCAGCGUCGUAACGUGGGAUUACGCGCCGCCAGCAUCCAUCACCGUGCAAAUGGCUGUGGAAUGCCAAUUGAUCCGAAGGAUGAUGCAGCUCGUUCGAUCUCGGCUUACGGUGAUCCAGGAGAUGACGGCUCGCUUGCCCGCGACAAGCAUUAUGAAUAAGCUGAGGUUGGACACCACCGGGAAAGGAACAAGGAUCCUGAACAGGAAAGGGCUUGUCGCUGCCGAGCAUGACACGUCAGCUGAAGCUGGACGAGGAUGGAAGACUCUCGUGUUUGAUGAAGAUACCCCUGCUUCGACCGCCAUGGCAUUCAUGCCCACUAGUGCCCCGUUGAGGGAUCUGUGGUGGCAUCGAGGCGGUUUCGGAGAUGACGAUCAAGAAACCGGCGUCGUAAUUCGAAAUGAAUAAGAUCGCCACAAGGGCGUGCAAGCUGAAGGUGAAGGGAACGAAGGCCAGGAUCCCUGUUAAUUGAUCGGUGUAGUCGCCUGGACGAAAGAAUCAAUUGGCAUCCACGUAGGCAAGUCCUACAGCUUGUCAUGUCUGCGGGUCACCUCGGGGAAAGGUAUACGUGUGUACCCUACGUUGU